AUGUCUGACCAAGAUUUAAAGAUCUCGCUCUUCAAGCCCAAGGCAGUCGUCGGCUCCCCAUUGGUGACAAUCCUGCUGGUCGUUGUCGUCAUCGAGCCCGGCAAAGAUUUGGGGCCAGCGAGUAGUUUGGCGAAGAAGCUGGGGUUCAAAGAUAUGCGAGCGGCUGGAGAUGAUCUGAUUAUGACUGUGCUCAACAAGCCUUCAAAGGCUGAAGUCAAGCUCGACUCUAUCACGCCUAAUCAUGCGACGACCGUCAUGCUGGUCCUAUCAGACUCUCUAGCUGACUCCGAACACAUCCAAAGCCUCCAAAAGACUGAGAUCAAAAUACAAAAACAUGCGUUCCAUGUCCCCGGAGCAGAGACUGUGACUAAUGCGGCCCCCAAGGCGAAAGCCCCAGCCCAAGCAUCGAAAGCUGCUCAGAGCAAGGAACCCGGUGCCGAUAAAAGCUCAUUGGGAAUCAGUUUCAAGAAGGAUUCAAGUACCUUUGGGGAUUGGUAUCAAGAUGUUCUCAAAAAGGGCGAUAUGAUUGAUUAUUAUGAUAUAUCUGGAUGCUACAUCUUGAAACCAGCUUCAUAUCGAAUUUGGGAAAUUAUUCAAAGGUGGUUUGAUGAUCGGAUCAAAGCACUGGGUGUUGAGAAUGCCUACUUUCCGAUGUUUGUCUCUUCCCGAGUCUUGGAGAAGGAGAAAGACCACAUCGAGGGAUUUGCACCGGAAGUAGCAUGGGUGACCAGAGCUGGCCAAUCCGAAUUGGAGGAACACAUCGCUAUUCGUCCGACAUCCGAAACAGUGAUGUAUCCCUACUAUGCCAAGUGGAUCCAAAGCUACCGUGACCUUCCUCUGAAACUCAAUCAGUGGAACAGCGUUGUACGAUGGGAAUUCAAGAACCCUCAGCCGUUUAUCCGUACUCGAGAGUUUCUUUGGCAAGAGGGACACACGGCACACUUACAUCGAGAGGAAGCCGACCAGGAAGUCCGACAGAUCCUGGACCUCUACCGAGGUGUUUAUGAGGAGCUGUUAGCCGUGCCAGUGACACCGGGGGUGAAGUCAGAGAAAGAGAAGUUCGCAGGGGGCCUGUAUACGACGACCGUCGAAGGAUUCGUACCCACCUCAGGCCGGGGAAUCCAAGGAGCGACCUCGCACUGUCUUGGACAAAACUUUUCGAAGAUGUUCAAUAUCAGUGUUGAGGAUCCGUCGAAGCCGGUUGAUCCGAAUGCAGGCACUCAAGCCGAGAAGCUGUUCGUCUGGCAAAACUCAUGGGGACUCUCGACGCGGAGUAUUGGAGUGAUGGUGAUGGUUCACGCUGAUGAUAAGGGAUUGGUCUUACCCCCACGGGUGGCCAACCUCCAGGUGAUCGUCAUUCCGGUGGGGAUCGUGGCGUCUAGUGGGCCGGAGAGCCGGAAGGAUCUGUACGACAAGUCGGAGGAUCUUGCGGCUCGACUGAGGAGGGUGGGCGUGCUCGCGAAGACGGAUACCCGGGAGGGUUAUACGCCCGGGUGGAAGUUUAAUUCGUGGGAGAUGAAGGGGAUCCCGCUUCGCUUGGAGCUCGGCCCUAAGGAUCUCGCCAGUCAGACCACGCUCGUCGUCCGUCGGGACACGGGCGAAAAGAAAUCGUAUGGGCUCGAGACGCUGGAUGUGGAGAUUCCGAAACUGUUGGAGACGAUCCAAUCGGACAUGUACUCGAAGGCCAAGGUGAUCUAUGAUGCACACCGGAAGCUGGUGACGGAUUGGAGUGAGUUCGUGCCGACGUUGAAUAAAAACUGUUCUUGUGUGAUCGCGUGGUGUGAGGAGGAAUCAUGUGAAGAUGAGAUCAAGAAGCAGAGUGCUAAAGAGAGUGCGGUUGAGCAAGACGAGAGAGCACCCUCUGCGGGUGCCAAAUCACUCUGCAUCCCCUUCGAUCAAACUCCCUACCCGGCCAUCAAGCCAGGCGUGACAAAAUGUUUAGGAUAUGGUUGUACGAAGGAUGCGAAACGAUGGACGAUGUUUGGACGCAGUUACUAG